AUGAAUCGUCCUUGUUGUUUCACCGUGCACCCCCCUUCCGCCCUCUCGUUUCCUUCCACCCCCAACAGACGGAGGGCCACGGCUGGAGGAGAGGGAGCAGCACGAGUGGCUCAAGCCCCAACACCCCUCCAACUCUCUCGCUCGCUCCGUCCUUCUCAUGCCCUUGCCCUGUACGCCCCUUCCCCCCUCCCUCAUCCGCUCACCUGCUUUUGGCACCAACCACUUCCUCAUGCUCUCCCUAUCCCUCCUGCUCCUGCUCUCCCUAUCCCCCCUGCUCCUGCUCUCCCUAUCCCCCCUCCUCCUGCUCUCCCUAUCCCCCCUGCUCCUGCUCUCCCUAUCCCCCCUGCUCCUGCUCUCCCUAUCCCCCCUGCUCCUGCUCUCCCUAUCCCCCCUGCUCCUGCUCUCCCUAUCCCCCCUGCUCCUGCUCUCCCUAUCCCCCCUGCUCCUGCUCUCCCUAUCCCCCCUGCUCCUGCUCUCCCUAUCCCCCCUCCUCCUGCUCUCCCUAUCCCCCCUGCUCCUGCUCUCCCUAUCCCCCCUGCUCCUGCUCUCCCUAUCCCCCCUGCUCCUGCUCACCCUAUCCCCCCUGCUCCUGCUCUCCCUAUCCCCCCUGCUCCUGCUCUCCCUAUCCCCCCUGCUCCUGCUCUCCCUAUCCCCCCUGCUCCUGCUCUCCCUAUCCCCCCUGCUCCUGCUCACCCUAUCCCCCCUGCUCUCCCUAUCCCCCCUGCUCCUGCUCCGUUCCUACAUUCCCUCCUUCCCCAUCUCCCCUGGUCGUCUUGGAUUCAUCCGUUUCCCCUCUUAAUCUCCCUCUGCUCCAUCCUCAGUAUCUUCCACAACCCCCUCACAGCCGUCAAGGAUGACCAAGGCAACGCAGUCGAGCCUGCUCCACCUUCAAUCACUCCAUCCCCCGCACCACCACCACCACCUGCAGCAGCAGCAACACCACCAGCAGCAGCAGCAACUACAGGCGAAGCCACAACCCAGCAGCCGCCCCACCUCGCCCCAUCCUCGCCCUUCUCCCCCACACCCCUCCCGGGCCCCUGGAACAAGCCUCCCCCCAUCCCAGGCAGGGCGCCCCUCCCCCCCAGCCUCCCCAAGAACCUGCUCCCCCUGGACUCCGCCUCAUUGCCCCCAUCCGCCCUGCCACGGGCGUCCUCUGCGCCCAUCACGCCUGGGCGCCUGCUCUCGAGCACCUCGAGCCUGUUCAGCAACAUGGCCAUUGGUCUCUUUCCCGCCUCCCCCAUGCCCCUCUCCACGAAAAAGCCUGCUGCUGGUGCUGCUUCAGGUGGUGCCAUGUCUGCUUCCUCGUCCAUCACUCCGCCUAUUUUUGGCCCUUCUCUUUCCAGUCUCCUAGCCCAAAGUCCUCAGGUGAAUUCUCAGGUUGGUAAGCGAGAUCUGCGAUCUGGGUUGUCACUGAAUGAAGCUGAUUUUGCUGCCCAAAGUCCUCAGGUGGAUUUUCAGGCAGGUCAGCGGGACCUGCGGUCGGGGCUGUCUUUGAAUGACGCUGGUCUGGCUGUGGGCUACGACGUGCAUUUCUACGCGUCCUUCGCGCUGCUCGCCCUCUUCCCGCUGCUCGAACUGAGCCUGCAACGGGACUUCGCCGUCAGCACUCUAUUGCAGCAACGGCGCAUGACGAGGUUUCUAGCAGACGGAGCUUCAGGGGUGAACAAGACGAGGGGCAGUGUGCCGCACGACCUGGGCUGCCAUGACCCGUGGGUCUUCCCCAACGCAUACAACAUCCAUGACACCGCACAGUGGAAAGAUCUCAACUGCAAGUUCGUGCUGCAGUGGAAAGAUCUAAGCUGCAGAUUGGAGCUGCAGAUUCUUCGUCUGGAGCUGCAGAUUCUCCUGCGUCUGGAGCUGCAGAUUCUCCUGCGUCUGGAGCUGCAGAUUCUCCUGCGUCUGGAGCUGCAGAUUCUCCUGCGUCUGGAGCUGCAGAUUCUCCUGCGUCUGGAGCUGCAGAUUCUCCUGCGUCUGGAGCUGCAGAUUCUCCUGCGUCUGGAGCUGCAGAUUCUCCUGCGUCUGGAGCUGCAGAUUCUCCUGCGUCUGGAGCUGCAGAUUCUCCUGCGUCUGGAGCUGCAGAUUCUCCUGCGUCUGGAGCUGCAGAUUCUCCUGCGUCUGGAGCUGCAGAUUCUCCUGCGUCUGGAGCUGCAGAUUCUCCUGCGUCUGGAGCUGCAGAUUCUCCUGCGUCUGGAGCUGCAGAUUCUCCUGCGUCUGGAGCUGCAGAUUCUCCUGCGUCUGGAGCUGCAGAUUCUCCUGCGUCUGGAGCUGCAGAUUCUCCUGCGUCUGGAGCUGCAGAUUCUCCUGCGUCUGGAGCUGCAGAUUCUCCUGCGUCUGGAGCUGCAGAUUCUCCUGCGUCUGGAGCUGCAGAUUCUCCUGCGUCUGGAGCUGCAGAUUCUCCUGCGUCUGGAGCUGCAGAUUCUCCUGCGUCUGGAGCUGCAGAUUCUCCUGCGUCUGGAGCUGCAGAUUCUCCUGCGUCUGGAGCUGCAGAUUCUCCUGCGUCUGGAGCUGCAGAUUCUCCCGCGUCUGGAGCUGCAGAUUCUCCUGCGUCUGGAGCUGCAGAUUCUCCUGCGUCUGGAGCUGCAGAUUCUCCUGCGUCUGGAGCUGCAGAUUCUCCUGCGUCUGGAGCUGCAGAUUCUCCCGCGUCUGGAGCUGCAGAUUCUCCUGCGUCUGGAGCUGCAGAUUCUCCUGCGUCUGGAGCUGCAGAUUCUCCUGCGUCUGGAGCUGCAGAUUCUCCUGCGUCUGGAGCUGCAGAUUCUCCUGCGUCUGGAGCUGCAGAUUCUCCCGCGUCUGGAGCUGCAGAUUCUCCCGCGUCUGGAGCUGCAGAUUCUCCUGCGUCUGGAGCUGCAGAUUCUCCUGCGUCUGGAGCUGCAGAUUCUCCUGCGUCUGGAGCUGCAGAUUCUCCUGCGUCUGGAGCUGCAGAUUCUCCUGCGUCUGGAGCUGCAGAUUCUCCCGCGUCUGGAGCUGCAGAUUCUCCUGCGUCUGGAGCUGCAGAUUCUCCUGCGUCUGGAGCUGCAGAUUCUCCUGCGUCUGGAGCUGCAGAUUCUCCCGCGUCUGGAGCUGCAGAUUCUCCUGCGUCUGGAGCUGCAGAUUCUCCCGCGUCUGGAGCUGCAGAUUCUCCUGCGUCUGGAGCUGCAGAUUCUCCUGCGUCUGGAGCUGCAGAUUCUCCUGCGUCUGGAGCUGCAGAUUCUCCUGCGUCUGGAGCUGCAGAUUCUCCUGCGUCUGGAGCUGCAGAUUCUCCUGCGUCUGGAGCUGCAGAUUCUCCCGCGUCUGGAGCUGCAGAUUCUCCUGCGUCUGGAGCUGCAGAUUCUCCUGCGUCUGGAGCUGCAGAUUCUCCUGCGUCUGGAGCUGCAGAUUCUCCUGCGUCUGGAGCUGCAGAUUCUCCCGCGUCUGGAGCUGCAGAUUCUCCUGCGUCUGGAGCUGCAGAUUCUCCCGCGUCUGGAGCUGCAGAUUCUCCUGCGUCUGGAGCUGCAGAUUCUCCCGCGUCUGGAGCUGCAGAUUCUCCUGCGUCUGGAGCUGCAGAUUCUCCUGCGUCUGGAGCUGCAGAUUCUCCUGCGUCUGGAGCUGCAGAUUCUCCCGCGUCUGGAGCUGCAGAUUCUCCUGCGUCUGGAGCUGCAGAUUCUCCUGCAUUCUCCUGCGUCUGGAGCUAUUCUCCUGCGUCUGGAGCUGCAGAUUCUCCUGCGUCUGGAGCUGCAGAUUCUCCUGCGUCUGGAGCUGCAGAUUCUCCCGCGUCUGGAGCUGCAGAUUCUCCUGCGUCUGGAGCUGCAGAUUCUCCUGCGUCUGGAGCUGCAGAUUCUCCUGCGUCUGGAGCUGCAGAUUCUCCUGCGUCUGGAGCUGCAGAUUCUCCCGCGUCUGGAGCUGCAGAUUCUCCUGCGUCUGGAGCUGCAGAUUCUCCUGCGUCUGGAGCUGCAGAUUCUCCUGCGUCUGGAGCUGCAGAUUCUCCUGCGUCUGGAGCUGCAGAUUCUCCCGCGUCUGGAGCUGCAGAUUCUCCUGCGUCUGGAGCUGCAGAUUCUCCUGCGUCUGGAGCUGCAGAUUCUCCUGCGUCUGGAGCUGCAGAUUCUCCUGCGUCUGGAGCUGCAGAUUCUCCCGCGUCUGGAGCUGCAGAUUCUCCUGCGUCUGGAGCUGCAGAUUCUCCUGCGUCUGGAGCUGCAGAUUCUCCUGCGUCUGGAGCUGCAGAUUCUCCUGCGUCUGGAGCUGCAGAUUCUCCCGCGUCUGGAGCUGCAGAUUCUCCUGCGUCUGGAGCUGCAGAUUCUCCUGCGUCUGGAGCUGCAGAUUCUCCUGCGUCUGGAGCUGCAGAUUCUCCUGCGUCUGGAGCUGCAGAUUCUCCCGCGUCUGGAGCUGCAGAUUCUCCUGCGUCUGGAGCUGCAGAUUCUCCUGCGUCUGGAGCUGCAGAUUCUCCUGCGUCUGGAGCUGCAGAUUCUCCUGCGUCUGGAGCUGCAGAUUCUCCUGCGUCUGGAGCUGCAGAUUCUCCCGCGUCUGGAGCUGCAGAUUCUCCCGCGUCUGGAGCUGCAGAUUCUCCUGCGUCUGGAGCUGCAGAUUCUCCUGCGUCUGGAGCUGCAGAUUCUCCUGCGUCUGGAGCUGCAGAUUCUCCUGCGUCUGGAGCUGCAGAUUCUCCUGCGUCUGGAGCUGCAGAUUCUCCCGCGUCUGGAGCUGCAGAUUCUCCUGCGUCUGGAGCUGCAGAUUCUCCUGCGUCUGGAGCUGCAGAUUCUCCUGCGUCUGGAGCUGCAGAUUCUCCCGCGUCUGGAGCUGCAGAUUCUCCUGCGUCUGGAGCUGCAGAUUCUCCCGCGUCUGGAGCUGCAGAUUCUCCUGCGUCUGGAGCUGCAGAUUCUCCUGCGUCUGGAGCUGCAGAUUCUCCCGCGUCUGGAGCUGCAGAUUCUCCUGCGUCUGGAGCUGCAGAUUCUCCUGCGUCUGGAGCUGCAGAUUCUCCUGCGUCUGGAGCUGCAGAUUCUCCUGCGUCUGGAGCUGCAGAUUCUCCUGCGUCUGGAGCUGCAGAUUCUCCCGCGUCUGGAGCUGCAGAUUCUCCUGCGUCUGGAGCUGCAGAUUCUCCUGCGUCUGGAGCUGCAGAUUCUCCUGCGUCUGGAGCUGCAGAUUCUCCUGCGUCUGGAGCUGCAGAUUCUCCCGCGUCUGGAGCUGCAGAUUCUCCUGCGUCUGGAGCUGCAGAUUCUCCUGCGUCUGGAGCUGCAGAUUCUCCUGCGUCUGGAGCUGCAGAUUCUCCUGCGUCUGGAGCUGCAGAUUCUCCCGCGUCUGGAGCUGCAGAUUCUCCUGCGUCUGGAGCUGCAGAUUCUCCUGCGUCUGGAGCUGCAGAUUCUCCUGCGUCUGGAGCUGCAGAUUCUCCUGCGUCUGGAGCUGCAGAUUCUCCCGCGUCUGGAGCUGCAGAUUCUCCCGCGUCUGGAGCUGCAGAUUCUCCCGCGUCUGGAGCUGCAGAUUCUCCUGCGUCUGGAGCUGCAGAUUCUCCCGCGUCUGGAGCUGCAGAUUCUCCUGCGUCUGGAGCUGCAGAUUCUCCUGCGUCUGGAGCUGCAGAUUCUCCUGCGUCUGGAGCUGCAGAUUCUCCCGCGUCUGGAGCUGCAGAUUCUCCUGCGUCUGGAGCUGCAGAUUCUCCUGCGUCUGGAGCUGCAGAUUCUCCUGCGUCUGGAGCUGCAGAUUCUCCUGCGUCUGGAGCUGCAGAUUCUCCUGCGUCUGGAGCUGCAGAUUCUCCUGCGUCUGGAGCUGCAGAUUCUCCUGCGUCUGGAGCUGCAGAUUCUCCUGCGUCUGGAGCUGCAGAUUCUCCUGCGUCUGGAGCUGCAGAUUCUCCUGCGUCUGGAGCUGCAGAUUCUCCUGCGUCUGGAGCUGCAGAUUCUCCCGCGUCUGGAGCUGCAGAUUCUCCCGCGUCUGGAGCUGCAGAUUCUCCUGCGUCUGGAGCUGCAGAUUCUCCUGCGUCUGGAGCUGCAGAUUCUCCUGCGUCUGGAGCUGCAGAUUCUCCCGCGUCUGGAGCUGCAGAUUCUCCUGCGUCUGGAGCUGCAGAUUCUCCCGCGUCUGGAGCUGCAGAUUCUCCUGCGUCUGGAGCUGCAGAUUCUCCUGCGUCUGGAGCUGCAGAUUCUCCCGCGUCUGGAGCUGCAGAUUCUCCCGCGUCUGGAGCUGCAGAUUCUCCCGCGUCUGGAGCUGCAGAUUCUCCCGCGUCUGGAGCUGCAGAUUCUCCUGCGUCUGGAGCUGCAGAUUCUCCUGCGUCUGGAGCUGCAGAUUCUCCUGCGUCUGGAGCUGCAGAUUCUCCUGCGUCUGGAGCUGCAGAUUCUCCCGCGUCUGGAGCUGCAGAUUCUCCUGCGUCUGGAGCUGCAGAUUCUCCUGCGUCUGGAGCUGCAGAUUCUCCUGCGUCUGGAGCUGCAGAUUCUCCUGCGUCUGGAGCUGCAGAUUCUCCUGCGUCUGGAGCUGCAGAUUCUCCUGCGUCUGGAGCUGCAGAUUCUCCCGCGUCUGGAGCUGCAGAUUCUCCCGCGUCUGGAGCUGCAGAUUCUCCUGCGUCUGGAGCUGCAGAUUCUCCUGCGUCUGGAGCUGCAGAUUCUCCCGCGUCUGGAGCUGCAGAUUCUCCUGCGUCUGGAGCUGCAGAUUCUCCCGCGUCUGGAGCUGCAGAUUCUCCUGCGUCUGGAGCUGCAGAUUCUCCUGCGUCUGGAGCUGCAGAUUCUCCUGCGUCUGGAGCUGCAGAUUCUCCCGCGUCUGGAGCUGCAGAUUCUCCUGCGUCUGGAGCUGCAGAUUCUCCUGCGUCUGGAGCUGCAGAUUCUCCUGCGUCUGGAGCUGCAGAUUCUCCUGCGUCUGGAGCUGCAGAUUCUCCUGCGUCUGGAGCUGCAGAUUCUCCUGCGUCUGGAGCUGCAGAUUCUCCUGCGUCUGGAGCUGCAGAUUCUCCUGCGUCUGGAGCUGCAGAUUCUCCUGCGUCUGGAGCUGCAGAUUCUCCUGCGUCUGGAGCUGCAGAUUCUCCUGCGUCUGGAGCUGCAGAUUCUCCUGCGUCUGGAGCUGCAGAUUCUCCCGCGUCUGGAGCUGCAGAUUCUCCUGCGUCUGGAGCUGCAGAUUCUCCCGCGUCUGGAGCUGCAGAUUCUCCUGCGUCUGGAGCUGCAGAUUCUCCCGCGUCUGGAGCUGCAGAUUCUCCUGCGUCUGGAGCUGCAGAUUCUCCUGCGUCUGGAGCUGCAGAUUCUCCUGCGUCUGGAGCUGCAGAUUCUCCUGCGUCUGGAGCUGCAGAUUCUCCUGCGUCUGGAGCUGCAGAUUCUCCUGCGUCUGGAGCUGCAGAUUCUCCCGCGUCUGGAGCUGCAGAUUCUCCUGCGUCUGGAGCUGCAGAUUCUCCUGCGUCUGGAGCUGCAGAUUCUCCUGCGUCUGGAGCUGCAGAUUCUCCUGCGUCUGGAGCUGCAGAUUCUCCCGCGUCUGGAGCUGCAGAUUCUCCCGCGUCUGGAGCUGCAGAUUCUCCUGCGUCUGGAGCUGCAGAUUCUCCCGCGUCUGGAGCUGCAGAUUCUCCCGCGUCUGGAGCUGCAGAUUCUCCUGCGUCUGGAGCUGCAGAUUCUCCCGCGUCUGGAGCUGCAGAUUCUCCUGCGUCUGGAGCUGCAGAUUCUCCUGCGUCUGGAGCUGCAGAUUCUCCUGCGUCUGGAGCUGCAGAUUCUCCUGCGUCUGGAGCUGCAGAUUCUCCUGCGUCUGGAGCUGCAGAUUCUCCCGCGUCUGGAGCUGCAGAUUCUCCCGCGUCUGGAGCUGCAGAUUCUCCUGCGUCUGGAGCUGCAGAUUCUCCCGCGUCUGGAGCUGCAGAUUCUCCUGCGUCUGGAGCUGCAGAUUCUCCUGCGUCUGGAGCUGCAGAUUCUCCUGCGUCUGGAGCUGCAGAUUCUCCUGCGUCUGGAGCUGCAGAUUCUCCCGCGUCUGGAGCUGCAGAUUCUCCUGCGUCUGGAGCUGCAGAUUCUCCCGCGUCUGGAGCUGCAGAUUCUCCUGCGUCUGGAGCUGCAGAUUCUCCUGCGUCUGGAGCUGCAGAUUCUCCUGCGUCUGGAGCUGCAGAUUCUCCUGCGUCUGGAGCUGCAGAUUCUCCUGCGUCUGGAGCUGCAGAUUCUCCUGCGUCUGGAGCUGCAGAUUCUCCCGCGUCUGGAGCUGCAGAUUCUCCUGCGUCUGGAGCUGCAGAUUCUCCUGCGUCUGGAGCUGCAGAUUCUCCCGCGUCUGGAGCUGCAGAUUCUCCCGCGUCUGGAGCUGCAGAUUCUCCUGCGUCUGGAGCUGCAGAUUCUCCUGCGUCUGGAGCUGCAGAUUCUCCUGCGUCUGGAGCUGCAGAUUCUCCUGCGUCUGGAGCUGCAGAUUCUCCUGCGUCUGGAGCUGCAGAUUCUCCUGCGUCUGGAGCUGCAGAUUCUCCUGCGUCUGGAGCUGCAGAUUCUCCUGCGUCUGGAGCUGCAGAUUCUCCUGCGUCUGGAGCUGCAGAUUCUCCUGCGUCUGGAGCUGCAGAUUCUCCCGCGUCUGGAGCUGCAGAUUCUCCCGCGUCUGGAGCUGCAGAUUCUCCCGCGUCUGGAGCUGCAGAUUCUCCCGCGUCUGGAGCUGCAGAUUCUCCUGCGUCUGGAGCUGCAGAUUCUCCUGCGUCUGGAGCUGCAGAUUCUCCUGCGUCUGGAGCUGCAGAUUCUCCUGCGUCUGGAGCUGCAGAUUCUCCUGCGUCUGGAGCUGCAGAUUCUCCUGCGUCUGGAGCUGCAGAUUCUCCCGCGUCUGGAGCUGCAGAUUCUCCCGCGUCUGGAGCUGCAGAUUCUCCUGCGUCUGGAGCUGCAGAUUCUCCUGCGUCUGGAGCUGCAGAUUCUCCUGCGUCUGGAGCUGCAGAUUCUCCUGCGUCUGGAGCUGCAGAUUCUCCCGCGUCUGGAGCUGCAGAUUCUCCCGCGUCUGGAGCUGCAGAUUCUCCCGCGUCUGGAGCUGCAGAUUCUCCUGCGUCUGGAGCUGCAGAUUCUCCUGCGCCUGGAGCUGCAGAUUCUCCUGCGUCUGGAGCUGCAGAUUCUCCUGCGUCUGGAGCUGCAGAUUCUCCUGCGUCUGGAGCUGCAGAUUCUCCUGCGUCUGGAGCUGCAGAUUCUCCUGCGUCUGGAGCUGCAGAUUCUCCUGCGUCUGGAGCUGCAGAUUCUCCUGCGUCUGGAGCUGCAGAUUCUCCUGCGUCUGGAGCUGCAGAUUCUCCUGCGUCUGGAGCUGCAGAUUCUCCUGCGUCUGGAGCUGCAGAUUCUCCUGCGUCUGGAGCUGCAGAUUCUCCCGCGUCUGGAGCUGCAGAUUCUCCCGCGUCUGGAGCUGCAGAUUCUCCCGCGUCUGGAGCUGCAGAUUCUCCUGCGUCUGGAGCUGCAGAUUCUCCUGCAUUCUCCCGCACCUGGAGCUAUUCUCCCGCGUCUGGAGCUGCAGAUUCUCCUGCGUCUGGAGCUGCAGAUUCUCCUGCGUCUGGAGCUGCAGAUUCUCCUGCGUCUGGAGCUGCAGAUUCUCCUGCGUCUGGAGCUGCAGAUUCUCCUGCGUCUGGAGCUGCAGAUUCUCCUGCGUCUGGAGCUGCAGAUUCUCCCGCGUCUGGAGCUGCAGAUUCUCCUGCGUCUGGAGCUGCAGAUUCUCCUGCGUCUGGAGCUGCAGAUUCUCCUGCGUCUGGAGCUGCAGAUUCUCCCGCGUCUGGAGCUGCAGAUUCUCCUGCGUCUGGAGCUGCAGAUUCUCCUGCGUCUGGAGCUGCAGAUUCUCCUGCGUCUGGAGCUGCAGAUUCUCCUGCGUCUGGAGCUGCAGAUUCUCCUGCGUCUGGAGCUGCAGAUUCUCCUGCGUCUGGAGCUGCAGAUUCUCCUGCGUCUGGAGCUGCAGAUUCUCCUGCGUCUGGAGCUGCAGAUUCUCCUGCGUCUGGAGCUGCAGAUUCUCCCGCGUCUGGAGCUGCAGAUUCUCCUGCGUCUGGAGCUGCAGAUUCUCCUGCGUCUGGAGCUGCAGAUUCUCCUGCGUCUGGAGCUGCAGAUUCUCCUGCGUCUGGAGCUGCAGAUUCUCCUGCGCCUGGAGCUGCAGAUUCUCCUGCGUCUGGAGCUGCAGAUUCUCCCGCGUCUGGAGCUGCAGAUUCUCCUGCGUCUGGAGCUGCAGAUUCUCCUGCGUCUGGAGCUGCAGAUUCUCCUGCGUCUGGAGCUGCAGAUUCUCCUGCGCCUGGAGCUGCAGAUUCUCCUGCGUCUGGAGCUGCAGAUUCUCCUGCGUCUGGAGCUGCAGAUUCUCCUGCGUCUGGAGCUGCAGAUUCUCCUGCGUCUGGAGCUGCAGAUUCUCCUGCGUCUGGAGCUGCAGAUUCUCCCGCGUCUGGAGCUGCAGAUUCUCCUGCGUCUGGAGCUGCAGAUUCUCCCGCGUCUGGAGCUGCAGAUUCUCCCGCGUCUGGAGCUGCAGAUUCUCCCGCGUCUGGAGCUGCAGAUUCUCCUGCCUGCAGAUGCUCCUGUGUCUGGAGCUGCAGAUUCUCCUGCGUCUGGAGCUGCAGAUUCUCCUGCGUCUGGAGCUGCAGAUUCUCCUGCAUUCGGAGCUGCAGAUUCUCCCGCGUCUGGAGCUGCAGAUUCUCCUGCGUUUGGAGCUGCAGAUUCUCCCGCGCCUGGAGCUGCAGAUGCUCCUGUGUCUGGAGCUGCAGAUUCUCCCGCGUCUGGAGCUGCAGAUUCUCCUGCGUCUGGAGCUGCAGAUGCUCCUGUGUCUGGAGCUGCAGAUUCUCCCGCGUCUGGAGCUGCAGAUUCUCCUGCGUCUGGAGCUGCAGAUUCUCCCGCGUCUGGAGCUGCAGAUUCUCCUGCGUCUGGAGCUGCAGAUUCUCCUGCAUCCGGAGCUGCAGAUUCUCCCGCGUCUGGAGCUGCAGAUUCUCCUGCAUCCGGAGCUGCAGAUUCUCCCGCGCCUGGAGCUGCAGAUGCUCCUGUGUCUGGAGCUGCAGAUUCUCCUGCGUCUGGAGCUGCAGAUUCUCCUGCGUCUGGAGCUGCAGAUUCUCCUGCAUUCGGAGCUGCAGAUUCUCCCGCGUCUGGAGCUGCAGAUUCUCCUGCGUUUGGAGCUGCAGAUUCUCCCGCGCCUGGAGCUGCAGAUGCUCCUGUGUCUGGAGCUGCAGAUUCUCCCGCGUCUGGAGCUGCAGAUUCUCCUGCGUCUGGAGCUGCAGAUUCUCCCGCGUCUGGAGCUGCAGAUUCUCCUGCGUCUGGAGCUGCAGAUUCUCCCGCGUCUGGAGCUGCAGAUUCUCCCACAUCUUCAUCAGCAGAUUCUCCUGCGUCUGGAGCUGCAGAUUCUCCCGCGUCUGGAGCUGCAGAUUCUCCUGCGUCUGGAGCUGCAGAUGCUCCUGUGUCUGGAGCUGCAGAUUCUCCUGCGUCUGGAGCUGCAGAUUCUCCUGCGUCUGGAGCUGCAGAUUCUCCUGCGUCUGGAGCUGCAGAUUCUCCUGCGUCUGGAGCUGCAGAUUCUCCUGCGUCUGGAGCUGCAGAUUCUCCUGCGCCUGGAGCUGCAGAUUCUCCUGCGUUUGGAGCUGCAGAUUCUCCCGCGCCUGGAGCUGCAGAUGCUCCUAUUCUCCUGCGUCUGGAGCUGCAGAUUCUCCUGCAUUCGGAGCUGCAGAUUCUCCCGCGUCUGGAGCUGCAGAUUCUCCUGCGUCUGGAGCUGCAGAUUCUCCCGCGUCUGGAGCUGCAGAUUCUCCCGCGUCUGGAGCUGCAGAUUCUCCUGCGUCUGGAGCUGCAGAUUCUCCUGCGCCUGGAGCUGCAGAUUCUCCUGCGUCUGGAGCUGCAGAUUCUCCUGCGUCUGGAGCUGCAGAUUCUCCCGCGUCUGGAGCUGCAGAUUCUCCCACAUCUUCAGCUGCAGAUUCUCCUGCGUCUGGAGCUGCAGAUUCUCCUGCGCCUGGAGCUGCAGAUUCUCCUGCGUCUGGAGCUGCAGAUUCUCCCGCGUCUGGAGCUGCAGAUUCUCCUGCGUCUGGAGCUGCAGAUUCUCCUGCGUCUGGAGCUGCAGAUUCUCCUGCGUCUGGAGCUGCAGAUUCUCCCGCGUCUGGAGCUGCAGAUUCUCCUGCGUCUGGAGCUGCAGAUUCUCCUGCGUCUGGAGCUGCAGAUUCUCCUGCGUCUAGAGCUGCAGAUUUUCCCACAUCUUCAGCAGCAGAUUCUCCUGCGUCUGGAGCUGCAGAUUCUCCUGCGCCUGGAGCUGCAGAUUCUCCUGCGUCUGGAGCUGCAGAUUCUCCUGCGUCUGGAGCUGCAGAUUCUCCCGCGUCUGGAGCUGCAGAUUCUCCCGCGUCUGGAGCUGCAGAUUCUCCUGCGUCUGGAGCUGCAGAUUCUCCCACAUCUUCAGCAGCAGAUUCUCCUGCGUCUGGAGCUGCAGAUUCUCCUGCGCCUGGAGCUGCAGAUUCUCCUGCGUCUGGAGCUGCAGAUUCUCCUGCGUCUGGAGCUGCAGAUGCUCCUGUGUCUGGAGCUGCAGAUUCUCCUGCGUCUGGAGCUGCAGAUUCUCCCGCGUCUGGAGCUGCAGAUUCUCCUGCGUUUGGAGCUGCAGAUUCUCCCGCGCCUGGAGCUGCAGAUGCUCCUGUGUCUGGAGCUGCAGAUUCUCCUGCGUCUGGAGCUGCAGAUUCUCCUGCGUCUGGAGCUGCAGAUUCUCCUGCAUUCGGAGCUGCAGAUUCUCCCGCGUCUGGAGCUGCAGAUUCUCCUGCGUUUGGAGCUGCAGAUUCUCCCGCGCCUGGAGCUGCAGAUGCUCCUGUGUCUGGAGCUGCAGAUUCUCCCGCGUCUGGAGCUGCAGAUUCUCCUGCGUCUGGAGCUGCAGAUUCUCCUGCGUCUGGAGCUGCAGAUUCUCCUGCGUCUGGAGCUCCAGAUGCUCCUGUGUCUGGAGCUGCAGAUUCUCCUGCGUCUGGAGCUGCAGAUUCUCCUGCAUUCGGAGCUGCAGAUUCUCCCGCGUCUGGAGCUGCAGAUUCUCCUGCGUCUGGAGCUGCAGAUUCUCCCGCGUCUGGAGCUGCAGAUUCUCCCGCGUCUGGAGCUGCAGAUUCUCCUGCGUCUGGAGCUGCAGAUUCUCCUGCGCCUGGAGCUGCAGAUUCUCCUGCGUCUGGAGCUGCAGAUUCUCCUGCGUCUGGAGCUGCAGAUUCUCCCGCGUCUGGAGCUGCAGAUUCUCCCACAUCUUCAGCUGCAGAUUCUCCUGCGUCUGGAGCUGCAGAUUCUCCUGCGCCUGGAGCUGCAGAUUCUCCUGCGUCUGGAGCUGCAGAUUCUCCCGCGUCUGGAGCUGCAGAUUCUCCUGCGUCUGGAGCUGCAGAUUCUCCUGCGUCUGGAGCUGCAGAUUCUCCUGCGUCUGGAGCUGCAGAUUCUCCCGCGUCUGGAGCUGCAGAUUCUCCUGCGUUUGGAGCUGAAGUUUCUCCUGCGUCUGGAGCUGCAGAUUCUCCUGCGUCUGGAGCUGCAGAUUCUCCUGCGUCUAGAGCUGCAGAUUUUCCCACAUCUUCAGCAGCAGAUUCUCCUACGUCUGGAGCUGCAGAUUGCAGAUUCUCCUGCAUUCGGAGCUGCAGAUUCUCCCGCGUCUGGAGCUGCAGAUUCUCCUGCGUUUGAAGCUGCAGAUUCUCCCGCGCCUGGAGCUGCAGAUGCUCCUGUGUCUGGAGCUGCAGAUUCUCCCGCGUCUGGAGCUGCAGACUCUUUCGCGUCUGGAGCUGCAGAUUCUCCUGCGUCUGGAGCUGCAGAUUCUCCUGCGUCUGGAGCUGCAGAUUCUCCCGCGUCUGGAGCUGCAGAUUCUCCUGCGUCUGGAGCUGCAGAUUCUCCUGCGUCUGGAGCUGCAGAUUCUCCUGCGUCUGGAGCUGCAGAUGCUCCUGUGUCUGGAGCUGCAGAUUCUCCUGCGUCUGGAGCUGCAGAUUCUCCCGCGUCUGGAGCUGCAGAUUCUCCUGCGUUUGGAGCUGCAGAUUCUCCCGCGCCUGGAGCUGCAGAUGCUCCUGUGUCUGGAGCUGCAGAUUCUCCUGCGUCUGGAGCUGCAGAUUCUCCUGCGUCUGGAGCUGCAGAUUCUCCUGCAUUCGGAGCUGCAGAUUCUCCCGCGUCUGGAGCUGCAGAUUCUCCUGCGUUUGGAGCUGCAGAUUCUCCCGCGCCUGGAGCUGCAGAUGCUCCUGUGUCUGGAGCUGCAGAUUCUCCUGCGUCUGGAGCUGCAGAUUCUCCUGCGUCUGGAGCUGCAGAUGCUCCUGUGUCUGGAGCUGCAGAUUCUCCUGCGUCUGGAGCUGCAGAUUCUCCCGCGUCUGGAGCUGCAGAUUCUCCCACAUCUUCAGCAGCAGAUUCUCCUGCGUCUGGAGCUGCAGAUUCUCCUGCGCCUGGAGCUGCAGAUUCUCCUGCGUCUGGAGCUGCAGAUUCUCCCGCGUCUGGAGCUGCAGAUUCUCCCGCGUCUGGAGCUGCAGAUUCUCCUGCGUCUGGAGCUGCAGAUUCUCCUGCGUCUGGAGCUGCAGAUUCUCCUGCGUCUGGAGCUGCAGAUUCUCCCGCGUCUGGAGCUGCAGAUUCUCCUGCGUCUGGAGCUGCAGAUUCUCCUGCGUCUGGAGCUGCAGAUUCUCCUGCAUUCUCCCGCCAGCAGAUUCUCCUGCGUCUGGAGCUGCAGAUUCUCCUGCGCCUGGAGCUGCAGAUUCUCCUGCGUCUGGAGCUGCAGAUUCUCCCGCGUCUGGAGCUGCAGAUUCUCCCGCGUCUGGAGCUGCAGAUUCUCCUGCGUCUGGAGCUGCAGAUUCUCCUGCGUCUGGAGCUGCAGAUUCUCCUGCGUCUGGAGCUGCAGAUUCUCCUGCGUCUGGAGCUGCAGAUUCUCCCGCGUCUGGAGCUGCAGAUUCUCCUGCGUUUGGAGCUGAAGAUCCUCCUGCGUCUGGAGCUGCAGAUUCUCCUGCGUCUGGAGCUGCAGAUUCUCCUGCGUCUGGAGCUGCAGAUUCUCCCGCGUCUGGAGCUGCAGAUUCUCCUGCGUCUGGAGCUGCAGAUUCUCCUGCGUCUGGAGCUGCAGAUUCUCCUGCGUCUGGAGCUGCAGAUUCUCCUGCGUCUGGAGCUGCAGAUUCUCCUGCGUCUGGAGCUGCAGAUUCUCCUGCGUCUGGAGCUGCAGAUUCUCCUGCGUCUGGAGCUGCAGAUUCUCCUGCGUCUGGAGCUGCAGAUUCUCCUGCGUCUGGAGCUGCAGAUUCUCCCGCGUCUGGAGCUGCAGAUUCUCCUGCGUCUGGAGCUGCAGAUUCUCCUGCGUCUGGAGCUGCAGAUUCUCCUGCGUCUGGAGCUGCAGAUUCUCCUGCGUCUGGAGCUGCAGAUUCUCCCGCGUCUGGAGCUGCAGAUUCUCCUGCGUCUGGAGCUGCAGAUUCUCCUGCGUCUGGAGCUGCAGAUGCUCCUGUGUCUGGAGCUGCAGAUUCUCCUGCGUCUGGAGCUGCAGAUUCUCCUGCGUCUGGAGCUGCAGAUUCUCCUGCGUCUGGAGCUGCAGAUUCUCCUGCGUCUGGAGCUGCAGAUGCUCCUGUGUCUGGAGCUGCAGAUUCUCCUGCGUCUGGAGCUGCAGAUUCUCCCGCGUCUGGAGCUGCAGAUUCUCCCACAUCUUCAGCAGCAGAUUCUCCUGCGUCUGGAGCUGCAGAUUCUCCUGCGUCUGGAGCUGCAGAUUCUCCUGCGCCUGGAGCUGCAGAUUCUCCUGCGUCUGGAGCUGCAGAUUCUCCUGCGUCUGGAGCUGCAGAUUCUCCUGCGUCUGGAGCUGCAGAUUCUCCUGCGCCUGGAGCUGCAGAUUCUCCUGCGUCUGGAGCUGCAGAUUCUCCUGCGUCUGGAGCUGCAGAUUCUCCUGCGUCUGGAGCUGCAGAUUCUCCUGCGUCUGGAGCUGCAGAUUCUCCUGCGUCUGGAGCUGCAGAUUCUCCUGCGUCUGGAGCUGCAGAUUCUCCCGCGUCUGGAGCUGCAGAUUCUCCUGCGUCUGGAGCUGCAGAUUCUCCUGCGUCUGGAGCUGCAGAUUCUCCCGCGCCUGGUGUCACAUGUGAAUGAGGCCGCCCGGGCACCAUGGCACGCCCGGGCUCUAGUCCUGAUUUCAUCAAG